AUGGAUGACUUUGACAGGUUCAAGACUUCAGCGGAGAACAUAAGUGCCAAUGUGUUGAGAACUCUCACCUCUUCACCUAACACUGUGAGCAAAUUCACUCUUCUCGGAUUCCCUUGUACCUGGGAGAUUCAGGUGCUCCUCUUCUCGCUCUUUGUGAUCUAUGUCCUGGCACUAAUCGGAAACCUGCGCGUUAUCUGUGCAGUGUGGUGGGACCUCCAUCUCCACAACCCCAUGUACACCUUGCUGGCCAAUUUUUCAUUCUUGGAGAUCUGGUAUGUCAUUUCUACUGUCCUCAAGAUGCUAACCAAUUUUCUCUCUGAGACCAGCACAACCUCCUUCUCUGGCUGCCUCCUCCAGUUUUACUUCUUCUUCUCCAUGGGCACCACUGACACCUUAUUCUUGUGUGCCAUGGCCUUUGACAGGUACCUCGCAAUCUGCAGGCCCCUGCACUACCCCACUGUCAUGACAACUCCACACUGCAUCAAAAUGGGAUCCUGCUGAUGGGUGUGUGGCUUCUUCUGUUUUCUCCUCUCAAUUUAUCUCAUCUCUCAACUUCCUUUUUAUGGCCCCAAUACUAUUGAUCACCUUUUAUGUGACCCAGGACUCCUUAUGAAAUUGUCCUGUGUGCCAGCCUCUGCCACUGAGAUCAUCUGUGUCAUCUUUAGCUCUUUCGUAAUUUUCUCCACUUUCGUCUUAAUUAUCAGCUGCUAUACCCUGAUGACCAGAGCUGUGUUGAGAGUCCCCUCAGCAGAAGGCCAGCAGAAGGCUUUCUCCACAUGUGACUCCCAUCUGGCCAUGGUGUCCCUGUUCUUUGGUUCCAUAAUGGUGAUGUAUGUUAGCCCCCCAGCAGGCAAUCCAGCAAGAGUUCAGAAAAUUCUAACUUUAUUUUAUUCUGUGAUGACUCCAUUUUUCAAUCCCUUGAUAUAUAGCCUCCAGAAUAAGGAGACGAAGGAAGCCUUGAGAAAACUGUUUAAAAUUAUAAGAUUGGGUCAAAGACAGCCUCUGAAGAACUAG